AUGUGGCGUAAGGAUCGAAUUGCGCUAGUUUUCAUCGGUGUCAUAUUCCAUGUAUAUUACCUAUGGUCCAUCUUUGAUAUAUACUUCGUUUCUCCAUUGGUUCAUGGUAUGCAACAUUUCCAAAGUACCACGACGCCUCCUGCCAAGCGUCUCUUUUUAAUUGUUGCAGAUGGUUUACGUGCUGACACGACUUUUGAUAAGGUAGUUCACCCCACAACUGGCAAAUCUGAAUUCUUGGCGCCUUACAUUCGAAGUUUGGUAGAAAAUAAUGCCACAUAUGGUAUUUCUCAUACCAGAAUGCCCACAGAAUCAAGGCCAGGCCAUGUUGCAAUGAUUGCAGGUUUCUACGAAGAUGUGAGUGCCGUUACAAAGGGUUGGAAAGAGAACCCUGUAGACUUUGAUAGCGUCUUUAAUCAAACCUCGCAUACAUAUUCAUUUGGAUCACCUGAUAUAUUGCCAAUGUUUAAAGACGGGGCUAGUGAUCCUUCCCGAGUGGAUGCCUGGAUGUAUGGCCAUGAGUUUGAGGAUUUCACGCAAUCUUCAAUUGAACUUGACGCGUAUGUUUUCAGACAUUUGGAUCAACUGUUUCAGAAUUCUACAGCAAACGCCAGCUUAAAUGCUGAAUUGAGGCAGAGCGGGAAUGUAUUCUUCCUACAUUUGCUUGGAUGUGAUACUGCUGGGCAUUCUUACAGGCCGUAUUCAGCUGAAUAUUAUGAUAAUGUCAAAUAUAUCGAUGAGCAGAUUGAACAAAUGUUACCAAAGGUGAAGGAGUUCUUUGGCGAUGACGAUACUGCAUUCAUAUUUACAGCGGACCAUGGGAUGAGCGCUUUUGGAUCUCACGGUGACGGGCAUCCUAACAACACCAGAACACCAUUAGUUGCAUGGGGUGCUGGGCUGAAUAAACCCAUUAGGAACAAGGUUCCAAUUUACGACAACUAUACCGAGAACUGGGAAUUGCAUGGAAUAAAGCGUAAUGAUGUGAACCAAGCAGAUAUUGCCUCAUUAAUGUCUUAUUUAAUUGGAAUUAACUACCCUGCAAAUUCAGUUGGAGAAUUGCCUCUUGCCUACAUCAAUGAUAGUGAGAUCUCCAAACUUCAGGCUUUAUUCAAUAACGCUAAGGAAAUCUUGGAGCAAUACAUUGUUAAGGAAGCUGAAAUUAGUAAGUCCCAGCUAUAUUACAAAGAGUAUUGGAAGUUUGCUGAGAAACCAUAUGAGAAUUACAUUGAUGAAAUUGAAUAUCUUAUUGAUCAGAUUUUACAUGGUGAUGAAGAACUGGAGCAAGAAGCGAUCAAGUUGACUGAAGAACUGAUACAAGUUUCAUUAGAGGGGCUCCAAUAUAUGACUACUUAUAAUUGGCGAUUCCUAAGAUCGGUAGUUACUCUUGGAUUCCUUGGAUGGAUCGUCUAUUCCUUUACUACGUUUUUAAAGUUGUUUGUUUUAAAAAAAGACUAUAACAUAAAAGCCUCAUUAUCGAAUUCCGCGAUUGUAUUUGGACUGACGUCGUCACUGAAUUACAUGCUGUUCUAUCAAAAAGCUCCAUUUAAUUAUUACAUGUACGUUCUCUUCCCAAUAUUUUUCUGGAGUCAAGUUUCCUCCAAAAGGGUUAUUUUAAAAGAGGGAAUUAAUGAACUCUUCAAAGGUACUUCUACUCUUGAGAGAAUUGCAUUGGGAGCAUUAACAGUUGCUAUGUAUGAGGGUAUUGUAUAUGGUUUCUUCCACCGGUGGGUUUUCACUGUUAUUUUCAAUAUCUUGGCAUUCUAUCCUCUUUUCUGUGGAGUUACUGGUUACGCUCCAAAUGUAAAAUGGAUACUCACCAGCGCUGCAAUCUCUAUUUUCACAUUAUUUGAUGCAGUGAAAAUUGAAAGCUUGGCAAUGAUUAAUAUCUCUGGACUGAUCUUAAUAUUGGGCGGCAUCUAUGCUAUCCGUAAGGUGUACAACUAUACUGAAAGCUAUACCAGGCUCGCACUUAUCUUGCAAGUUGUUUUAAUUGCAUUAAUGCAACUUGUAACAAAUAAAUCAGUAGUAUCCCUACAGAAUCGUAACGGUCUACCAGACGACGCACGAAUUGGCGGAUGGGUGCUAAUAGUUCUAUCCCUAAUAGUAAUGCCCCUAAUACAUUACAUAUCUCCAAGCAGCGAUUAUCGGGUCAGGUAUCUCACAAUCUAUUUGACAUUCGCGCCCGCAUUCCUUAUUUUGACAAUUUCUUUCGAAUCAUUCUUCUACUUCCUUUUCACAGCUUAUGUGCUCCAAUGGAUACAGAUUGAAACACGUAUACGCGCUUUAACCGGACCGAAAGAUGAACGUCAACGUCCUCUACAGCUGGUUAGAGUGUCAGUGAUUGGGUUUUUCUUGCUACAAGUGGCCUUUUUCGGUACUGGAAAUGUGGCAUCUAUAUCAUCAUUCUCACUGGACUCUGUGUACAGACUGAUGCCAAUUUUCGACCCAUUCCCUAUGGGAGCCCUACUACUUGCCAAGUUAGUGAUUCCUUACAUUAUUCUGUCUACUGGCCUGGGUCUUAUGAAUAUGAGGUUACAAAUUGAGGAUUAUACCAUUUCAUCACUCAUUAUAUCAACAAGUGAUAUAUUGUCAUUGAACUUCUUCUACCUGUUAAAGACUGAGGGAAGUUGGUUAGAUAUUGGUGUUACUAUUUCCAACUAUUGCCUGGCCAUUCUCUGUUCCUUACUUAUGUUAAUAUUAGAAGUUGUUAGCCAUUUCUUAAUAAGCAAUGUAAGAAACCUCGAGGACGCCAAGCCACAGCCAGUUGAAAAGAGAAAGAUUAACUAG